UAAAGAACUGUUGGGCCUUAUCACCGAAGUGAAAAACAAUACGUCUUGUCAACAUGCAAACGCGCACUCGGCUGAGGCAAAAACAAAAAAGCUGACAGAUUCGAAAUCUGUGUUCUCGGAAACCGCGGCACUGUCAUAUGCAUCUUCAGCCAUUGUGUUAUCGACAGAACAACAAAGCAAGGCAUAUAUGCUUAGUACUCUGCACACGAAAACAACAUUAACAGCUACGGCUGAAGUACCAAGGGACCCGUCGCACACACUUGGCGUUCAAGCAAGCAUGACAUCUUCAGUAUAUUCUACAGCAUCACCAACAUCUUUUGCACUGCCAUACGUUGAAAAUUCCAGCCCAGAACCGUGUUUUUUAUAUCCUGUAAAUUGUCAUGAUUGGGAGAUAAGCGCAACGGAGACGGCAUCAGUACAAUUAACAACAAGCGCGUCAGGAGAUGUUUUCUGUCAGCCGACGCCGGAAGUACAUGCUACCUUCAACAACGGCUCUGGCCUACACCCUCUGGCCGCAGGCACCGUCGUCAUGUAUUGGUGUUUAGAUAACACAUCAUUUAUCAAUGGGGAGUCUCAGCGCACCGUUCACUGCACAGAGCAAGGUGUCUGGAGCAAAGAAAUACCACCAUGUGUAGAUAUAUCAUUGGUUGCAAAUAUGAAAGUGGUAAAAGCACCUAAACGCAAAUAUUCCCAGAAUCCCUUGGAAGCUCCUGGCGCUGCCAUAAUCGGGUCGUUUGGGUUGUCAUGCUUGUUGGGAAUCGUGUUAGGAAUCGUUGCGUGGGAUUUAUCAACAAUCCAUCGUCAGCUGAAAGUAAUGCUGAGGAACCUGACGUACCAAAGGAGAGUCCGAAAGCGACGCCUUAAACAAAAUCGAGUAAGACAGGAAUUUGUAGAAGCAAACAUUGUCCAACAUGGGAAUAACUACAUGCUGAUAACAGAUAUCUGAAUCAAAUGUGUUGGUUACAAGUUACAAUAA